AUGGGCUGGGAGGAGAAGCAGGUCCGCGGGUACUCCGAGUUCGUGCAGACGGCGCAGAGCUACCACGGCCGGCCCAUCUUCGCGCUCUUCUGCGGCGACAAGGAUGCAGAGGGCAGGAGCUGGUGCCCGGACUGCGUGACGGCUGAACCAGUUGUGAGGAAGGAACUUCAUAACAUGCCUGAUGGGUCUAUAUUUAUCUACUGCCUAGUAGGAGACAGAGCCUACUGGAAAGAUCCCAACAAUGAAUUCAGGAAGAAUCUGAAACUAACAGGAGUGCCUACACUACUUAAAUAUGGGACACCUCAGAAGCUGGUUGAAGAAGAAUGUUUCAAAGCAGAGCUUGUGCGUAUGUUGUUUACUGAAGACUAAAGGAAUCAAUCAUUGACAGAGAUCUUCAUCUCAAACCACUGCAAUGUCCUUUCAAGGAAUCCUCCACUUUUUUUUUUUUUUUUUAAACUUCUGUGGUUAAUUAUCUUGCCUAGAUGGAAGUAAAUGUCACUGCAUUCCAGAUCCAAACCUUUCACAAAGUCU